UGAUAUCUGUUGUGAAUGUUCUCCUCAUGCUCCCCUCUCCUCUUUCCCUCCCUGCAGCUCCAGCGUCUGAAGCGCUCCCUCUCCUUUAAGACCCUGAUGCGCAGUAAGAGUGUGGAGAACUUCUUCCAGAGGUCCUACAGUGACGCCCGUCUCCCCCCAGACUUCAUCACCGACCCGCCACCCCCCUCCCCGCCCCCUGGCUCUCCCCUCGCCAGUGAAUGCUCACCCUCCCGCUCUCCGUCACUCAGCCCCAACCCCUCCCUCUGCUCCCACUCCCCGUCUCUAAGCCCCUCCCCCUCGCUGUCUUCCAAGGCCCCGCCCCCAACCCGCCCACUGACGCAGGUGAACCACUGCUUCCAGGAGCACAUUUUCCGCAAGCCCACCCACUGCCAGCUCUGCAAGCACCUGAUCGUGGGUAACUCUAAACAGGGUCUUCGGUGUAAAACCUGUAAGAUGGGUGCUCACCUGUGGUGCACCUCAGAGUUGUCCCAGCAGCCCUGCAAUGGAAAGUCUGGGGUCGGGGCCUUCAAGCGGAACUUCAGCUCUCCCAUGCUGGUUAACGAACAGCUGGCUGUCGUCAAGGAGGUGCUGCCCACCCAAGGGGCAGGCCGGGGGCGUGGGGUGGACCCUAUUUACGCAGCCCUGCGCUAUGGGACGUCCCUGGCACAGAUGAGCCGCUCCAGUUUUGGGAGCGUGUCCGAGUCGCCCACGCACAGCCAGGGUGAAGGAGGAGAGGAGGGGGAGCAGAGGCAGUACAGCAUGGAGGAGGAGAUGCCACAGGAGACAGGGGAUCUGCCUCCGUGUGAAAACGAGAAGGCGGAACCUGAGGGUGGGGACAGCGAGCAGCUCCAGGAGCCUGUAGAGGAAACCAGUGUGAAGGUUCCCAGGCGUAUUGAGGUUCACUCCAUCCACACGUAUGUAGCGCUCUUCAAGUUCCUGCCUCAGGAGCACAACGACCUCGGACUAGAGCCUGGUGAUCGGGUGCUGGUCACUGAUGAUUCUAAUGAAGAGUGGUGGAAGGGAAAGAGUGGAGACAAGGUGGGCUUCUUCCCUGCUAACUUCGUUCAGAGGGUGCGCCCAGGGGAGAGGGUGUGGAGGGUCACCCAGCCUGUCCCUGCCAGCCGAGGGAUGGGACACAUGCCAGUGAAGGAGGAUCAGAUCUGUGUGGGGAAGAGUGAGGACAAUGAGGGUUUCCUGAAGCUGAGCAGUGGGAAGAAGAGAGGACUGGUCCCUGCUGAAUCCAUUGAGGAGAUCUAACCUCUGUCUCAACACCAGCCCCCAGUCUCUCUCUGUCCAGCACCCUGUAACCUCCCCACACACCCCUUUAAGGCCUGAGGAGGACCAGCCAGUCCGGAGGUCCUCCAACACCACCAUCAUGAGGCCCACCUCCCUACUAAACUGAGUGGGGAGCGUUGACAGUUCAGCUUGUGAAUUCCUGGUGAUGUGGAAGAUGCCCCAGCCUUGUCCUUGCUGACCUUGUCUCCUCCACCCCAAUGUAGCUGACAACCCGCACAUGAAAGUGUUGGUUUCUCUUCCACAGUGGGUUGGCCUAGGUGUUGUGGAGGACUAUCUAAGCCCCCAAUGCCCCAUGUUUUCCUGCUGUAAUGUACCUUUGUGUAUUAGUGAACUGGGUUUAUCUGUAGUCCACACCACAGGGGUUGAAGGACUGGCUGCUGUGGACUCCAGUAACUUCCCUCAGGAUGGAAGGAAUUUUGAGACUAUUUUCUGUCUGGUGAGUCUGGUCUCUCUGUGUGUGAUUUGACCAGUUCUUUUUCACUGUCCUCUGUGGCUGGAUAUCAUGAGGCUGAAGAAUGCAGGAUUAAGGCCGUCGCAUAAUAUCCAGUCGAAAAGUGGCGCUCCGUUUCGCGCAUAUAUAAUGACUAAAAUGUGCGCUGUUUUUGUCGGUUUUGGUGUUUGGCAGGUUUUUUUUUUGCCUGUUCGCUCAAACAACAUUUUGUAUUGGGGCAAGUUGAAGUUCGGUAGCCGACGUCUACACCCUUUUGCCUGUAAUUGGUCAACUGUAGUGUUUUCAAAUGAAGGUUUUUAAGGGCGCAUGAGAGCACAGCCGUGCGCGCACACCUAGCCUAGUUCUGCUAGGCGAAAACAGAACCUAGUAUUAGUAUACGUUACCUUAGUCAGGUACUUGUGUUGUGUGUGGGAGUUCCUGUUCCUGUUGCUGUUCCUGGACACUGCAUGGAAGAAAACAUUUGUUCUUUCUCUGAUGAACUAGAACAAGCGUCACACUCCUGAUGACAUCAUCACAAGUGGACGCCUCUACUAUGAUCAUAGUAAUUCAUUUACGCGGUGAUCGUGAAGGAGAUAAUUGCAUGCUGAAGGAUGUACUUGUUUGAAUGCCCGGUGUCAGUGAGAUGUUCAGGAGACUGGUGAUGGUUGUAGGUGUAGGUGCUUGCAUUUUCUCUCAUCCUUUCGUUUGGUCCACCUUCUCUCUCUCUCUUUCUUUCUCUCUUUCACUAUCUCUCUUUCUCUCGUCUCUCUCUCCUUCCAUCUUUCUCAGCUAUACAUUGGUCCCUUGGCUGGGAUUUGACAUCAUCUUGAUUUAGACUGGCACAAAAGUUAACUGCUCUGCAAGGACGGAUGGGCGGGCAGGCGGGCGACACUGGGCAGAGUACACCCUGAUCAGACCAGACAGCCAGCAGAGGACAGGACAAACUGGGUUUAUUUCGACACACUCUCUAUCAGAUCCUGACUCACCGGCUGACUCACUAACAUUCGACCUUGCACUUGACAGGUUCCAGAAGGUCAUGGAUGUAAGCCCCGUCAUUCUAUUGUACAGCUGGCGAAUCAAUCAAACACUUCAGAAAAUCUGUUUUUCUAUGUCCUAUUUAUGAAAAAUACAAGAGAUUCAAUUAGAUUUGGGCGGUGAAUACUUACAUAAAUAAUUCAAUGUUUUUUUGUUCUGAAUAGCCUGGACGGUAAAAACAUCUAUGAAUAGAGCCAUUGCUAAAAAAAGAAACAAAUGGAGCAACAACACCAUUUUUUUAACUGCUCUAAAUUAGUUUCAAUUUUCUGGCCAAUUUAGCAGACGGGCACUGGAGAGCCGUGGAAGACUUGGGAAGUGUGUUCGUGUCUUUUGGCUCGUCUGUUUGGUCCACCACUGGUAAACAAACAACAGCCAAGAGCCAGUCGGCUGGAAAACCACAUGAACAGACUUUGUAAGUGUGACAACCGGACAUGGUCCCGCUGGUCUGAGGGACAGGGAGCGAGGGAUAUGGAGGGACAGGGAGCGAGGGAUAUGGAGGGACAGGGAGCGAGGGAUAUGGAGGGACAGGGAGAGAUGUAGACAAAAGGGGUUGACCCAGGUGUAGAACCAUCAUAAAUCAAUGUGUCUGUAUGCAGGUUUCUUUGUCUAUGGAUGACCAAUUCAACAUUGAUCAAAUGUCAGUCUCUCGCUCUCUCUCUCUCCAUUCCCCUCUCUUUCCCUCUGUCUCUGACACUAUUGGGCAUUUUUGCUGCUAGUGGGAAGGGUGGCUGGACUGAUGUAUUGUACAUGUAGAUGUAAGCAUGUUUAAUGAUAGGAUAAUGGGUUGGAUUUCAAUGUUUCCAUAAUGUAUUGAUUAUUUAUUGAUUUAGACAGAUAUCUAUCUACUUGCUGGGUUGCAGCACGUAGCUGUCACACUGGUGGCAUUAAUAACACGUCCCCUCCCGCUUCCUGUAAUGUAAGAAUACAGUAUAUACAGUAAGCCAUCUGGAGAGUUAAAGAAGCAUGAUGAUGAUGAACAUAUUGGGUACGUUAGUAAAUUCAAUCUGGAGUGCCAGAGUGCGCUCUGGGCGUUCGUAAAUUCAGAUUGUUGGUCAGAUUGUCUGAUCGUAAAUUCAGAGCAUUUCGCUCUCGGAGCGUUCAGCGCUCACACUGGACGAGCUGGCCGAGGAGGAGGCUUGAUUCGAGCGUUCAGACCUCAUAAAGGCAGUCCAGUACCCAAGCUAACUGGCUAACGUUGGCUAGCUUGCUAGCUACUUCCAGAAACAAAUGAGAGAGCACCUCACUUGGACCAGUUUACUCAAUCUAGCAGAGCUUGUUAGGCUGUUUUCAUGUUAUCCAGAGCGUUGGUGACUGUAACUGUGCUGCUGGCAACAAUUUAAGUAUGCUUUCUUUGGCGACGUUUACUCACACGGACCAUAUUCAACGGGUGUUGAGUGUUCGGAAAUUCAUCAGUUAUUCUGCGCUCUGGCACACUCAGACGAGAGUGCUCUGAAAUCAGAGUAGACAGGCAGAGUGAAUUUACGAACGCACCCAUUGUUUCAUGUUUUGUUCCUCACAUAGUGCAUGGUAAUAUGAUCAUCUUUGAGUCUAUAUCCUCUGUGUCUGUGGAUGGAUGAUGUGUCACAGACUGUGAUGAAUAUUGUUUUUUCCUUCCGCUGGGGCCAUGUGUUCCUAUGUGUAGCAAGGACUUCUCUGGUCCUCACAGUCCCAGACCAGGAGCUAUACCCAGUCACUGGGUAUACAGCUGGAGGAAUUGUUUGUUAGCUUAUUCCUUGCCGAGUUUUCACACAAGAUGUACAUUUCCGGUUCGUGUAGACUGAGAGUCUGUCACCCUUUGUGGACCCUGUUUGAGUCGCUCUUCGUGUAGCAUUUCUGUGUACAGGCCCUGGCCUCGUUUCCCAGUUGCGAUGUAACUUGAGCAUUACGAUGAUUUUACCAGAUCGCUAUUUUUUAAAGAGCUACUGCCUCUGUAAUUUUGGUCAUAAAGUGUUUUGUUCCUCACAUAGUGGGGCAAGUUGGGCACCAUCAGUAAAUUUCACAAUAUUGGGACAUUAAAACGUGAAUAGUUCCAAAUUUGAAUGACUUAAAAACCUCAAACCAAUUGUAAAAAUGUAUAUACAAGUAUUGAAAGCAUUUAACCUUUUACUGCAGUGAGCUAAAUCAGGGUCACACUGAGUGUUUCUUGGUAGUCUUCAAAAAUCUACUUUGAA